UGCCCCAUCACCCCCUCCGCCCCCGUCCACACUUCCUGUCUGAACGUCACCACGAAGGAGGCGGGUUUCUCCGUGGAGCUAGUGGCAUCGCGGCGCAGCAGCGUGGCGCUGGCGGCGGUGAUGGGCUCCAUGUUCGCCCUGUCCAUCAUGGCGCUGCUGGUGGUGUACAUGGGCCGCCGUGUGCAGCAGCACAAGUCCUGCGGACACUCGCUGAAGAAGUACAUGCAGCACGCCACGUCCAUCCCGCUGAACGAGCUGUACCCGCCGCUCAUCACGCUGUGGGAGAGCGAGGCCGAGAAGGACAAGGAGGACAAGGAGCAGGAGGAGAGGGAGGCGGGGGAGAGGGGGGAGGAGGCCGGAGGGAGUCAGAUCGACACCACAAAGACCUACAUGUGGUAG